GCGGGUGAAAGGUGAAGCUGUUCAGCGCGCCUUGUUUGGCGCCAGCGUUUUUCGCGGGACUGCUGAAGAAAUAGCGAGACGGCUAUUAACCUCCCCGUUAUUGACAGUCAUUCACUUUUUUUUGGCAAUAACUUUCGCUUGUUUUGUUAGUGUAAGCUUUUCGUCCAUGCUAACGCCGCUUUUUGUUGGUUGUGUUCCUUUAAUUUCAGUGAGGACGUGAGGAUGAUGGCCACGGUCUCCAUGUCCAGCUCCAGCCUCCUCCCUCUCCUCGGGACUCUGGAGGACGAUGCAGCCGGAGUGUCGGAGCAGACUGAUGCCUACCUUACCAUCGCCAAUCGGCUCAGUGGAGAAGAUGGACGGCAGUUCUUUCCUUUGAUUGUUAAGCACUUUCCACGCUUGGGUAAAGCUUUUCAGACUCACAUAUCCAGCGAGAACGAGGAGCUAAGCCAGGCUGCGCUUCAAGCACUGGGUUUCUGUGUAUUCAACACAAGCAUUGUAUCUGGCAUUCCAGCAAGUUUUACAGAGGAGAUCUUGUUGGCCCUUUGUGCCCUGGUGUUAAAGACCACAGACAAGAACACGUGCACACGGGCAUUAUGGGUCAUUUCAAAACAGAACUUUCCCGCAGAAGUUGUUGCCAAGAAGACAGCAGAACUACUCAAGACUCUAGAGGCUCUGCAUACAAAAGACAUCCAGUCAGUCCUGACGGAUCACGAGUCGCUAAACGUUGUUAUAAAGCUGCUCGAGCAGGCUCCUGUUCAGAUGAGUGAAGGAGCAGUCUUGUGGAUUAAGCUGGUUAUACCUCUGGUGGUUCACCCAGCCUCGAAGGUGCGCUUGCGUGCGGCUGCAGCGCUGGAAAUGGGAAUGCCCCUUCUUCUGGAGAAACAGCAAGAGGUGGCUGCCAUUGUAGAGCCCAUGAUGUCUUCUAAACUUAUCCCGGAGAUGCAGAAACUGUUCUCCACCAAGAAUGAGAGCAAUGUGCUGAAGCUCUGGCCUUUAUUUGUAAAGCUUCUGGGCAAGUUGCUCCACAAAGGAGGUGCCUUCAUAAACUCGCUGCUCUAUUUAGAAGAGCUGGGCUUCCGCAGCUCCUCUCCCAGCAUUAAGAAAAUUGCCUUCAUAGCCUGGAAGAGCCUCAUUGACAACUUUGCUCUUAAUCCAGAUAUUCUCUGUAGCAGCAAGCGACUAAAGUUGCUCAUGCAGCCCCUCAGCUCCAUCCUUGUGAGGACUGAAGCCUUGCUGCUCACCAAAUUAGAGGUCUGGUGGUAUCUGGUGGUCAAACUAGGGCCUAACCUGUCAGCUAACUUUGAACAGGUUGGUGUACCACUGCUGCUUAGCACACUUCCUCCAGAUGCCUCACUGGGGUCUCCAGCCACCUCUGCUAGAAGCACAAGCCAGAGCAAUGGCAUUGGACUAGUUACUCCUAAACCAGCUGUUCCCUCAUGUAGCAGUCCAGGUGCUAGCUCUCGUCUCAGCCUUAACAGCAGUGUGAACGUCUCGCAGUCCUACUCGUCCAUCCAGCUGCUGGGGCUGGAGAUGCUACUGCACUACUUUCUAGGCUCACAGGCCUGUGCUGCUGCAGCCAAGAACAGUCUGCAGCUCAGUCUUGAGCCUUUGUCACACAACCUUCUAAGCAGCCACUCUUUCUUCAGCAAGCACUCCUCCACACUCAUUUCAGCUGUUAGAGAUGGCUUCAUCUCUGUGGGCAAAGAUGCUCCAGAAGCAUUGCUGAAUCUGAUAUGGACCAGCCUUGUUGGCCAUGUCAAUACAACAGUAGAGGCUGCUGGCAAUAAGAAGGAGAGACAGGGUUCUGAAGUGCUUACUCUCCUGCUGCAGGCCCUGCAGUCUAUUGUGUCCUCUGAAGCCCUGCCAGCUCCACGGGCUUUGGCUUUGUUGGAAGCUACUGUGAAAACCAUACCUCAGAAGGUGCUAGGGUCUGCAGCGUAUCAAGUGGCCAACAUGGACGUCUUGAAUGGUACCCCAGCUCUUUUCUUGAUUCUUCUCUUCUACAAGAGCAGUAUGCUCUCAUCAUUUGUGACUGAUGAAAGGUUCUUUGUGUGCUUGGAGACCCUCGUCGGUUGCGGUCUCUGUGGGCCCACAUCCCCCCUGGCCUUUGGAGAAUCAGUUUUGGGGACAGUCAGUGGCAGUGUGGAGGCUGUGGAAAACAAAGAGCAUUUGUGGAGAAUGUGGAGUGUAGUUGUGAACCCUUUAACUGAUACCAUUACACAGACAAAUGAGGUGAAUCAAGGAGAUGCCCUGGAGCAUAACUUCAGUGCAAUUCAUAGUGCCUUGAUGUUUCCCGUUACUCACCUUUUGCCUGGCUCAGGUCUUCCCCAGACGACUCAGAAGACCAUGCUGAGCACUUGGUCUCGACUAUACAAGGCUUUUGCUCGCUGCUCAGCUCUUGUGGCCACAGCAGAGGAGAAUGUGUGCUGCGAAGAGUUGUGUGCCAGGAUAUCUGCUGCACUGGAUGGUGAAGCCCUGAAGAGUUUGUCCACUCUUGAUGCAGUAGCAAAUAUCUUGCUGUCCAUUAUUGAAAGUGUGGACUUCUCUCCAUUUACCCCUCAGUUUCAGCAGAAGAUGAAAUCCCCUCACACACCACUUGGUUGGGUUCGAAAGAGGAACAAAGCUCUGGGGAAUCUCUCAAACUUUCAUAUGCUCUUGGUGCAGUCUUUAGAAGCUUUCCUAACUUUGGCCUCUUCAGAGGAGAGCUGUGCAGUUUUAAGUGGCAUUGGCACAAUGCUCUUCUCUAUUGUGUCUAUUCUUUUCACAAACCUUGCAUUACCCACUGUUAUCCACGAGUCUUUGGCUUCCCUCACCAAACCUCUCACGCUUCUUUAUGGUCAAAUAGGAAGUUCAGAAGGUGAACAGUCAAAGACCCACUCUGUGCUAGAAUCCAAGUUGGAAAAGUUGGUAGGAGAUAUGCUUGGCACCCUGCAAACACGUUCUACACUGCAGUAUGAUGAUGAGCUGCUGGAGGUUUUGUCUCCUUUGCUCUGUGUACUUUUCCAGCACAAGAGCAAACAUAUCCGCUCUGUCAUCACUCAGUUCUGGAAUGCCACUUUUGGAAAUGCCCUUGUGCUGACAUACCCUGAGAAUCUCAGGCCUGUUUUAAAUCAAGCUAAGCAGAAGUCUCCCUUAAUUUUACCUGGUUUUCAAGAAGUUGAAAACUCUGAGGAUUUCAGCGGACAGGGCUCAAGUGAGUGUUCUCAACUUGACCCCAAAAUCAGUGGGAUGAUGGUGUCAUCAGUGGGAAAGAGAGAAUCCUUACUAACCAGGGCAGCGGAGCUAAAGGAAAGGAGCUCUGGAACACCCUCCAAGCCUGUAUCUGUGAAACUGGAUUUUGGGUCUCCGAAGCCACAACGAAAAGAAGUUCUUGAGGAGGAGACAUCAGUAGAUUUUGUCUUCAUUCCUCCUGAGGCAAAGGAGAGAGUGUUGACUGAACAUCAGAAGGAGGUCAAAAGAACUAAAAGGGUUGAUAUCCCUGCUAUGUACAAUAAUUUGGAUGUCUCUUUGGAUGCUACAGUCUUUACACAGUACACCCAGAGCCAAGAGGAAUCCAUGGACAAACUGCCAACACAGGAUCAAGCUGAGACCAAAGAAAUCAAAAUGACUGAACCGAAGGAUUUAAAGGCAGAGGCAUCAUCUGUAAAUGAUGAUCAGAAGGUGCAAGAUAACAUCAGUCCAGACACAGAUGCACAAGACAAAGCAACAAAUGAAGCUAACGAAAAUACUGAGCUGCCUUCAUCUGCGGACAUCACAGCUUUGGAUGCCAGUGAACUUCAGGAUUCUGCAACCGAUAAAGAGAGCCAAAGCCCAAACGUGUCCGGUUCAUCCGACAUGAUCUCUGGUACUCCACCAAAGCCUAGCAGCCGACGUCAGUCCUUCAUCACCCUUGAGAAAUAUGGAGAGGGUAGGCCAGCCAGUUCCCCAAGUGUUACAAAAUUUACUGGCCCACUCUCUAGGACUUCUUGUAGUCAGGAGCCUCCAAAGUCACAAAAUGACGUAAAAUUGCCUCCACCUGCUUCUUACUCGCAGCCUGAAAUUGGUAAAGAGAUCUCUAAGGAAUCUGCUGCUAAUAUAACCCAGGAUUCUACUCAUCAGGCUGAUGGAACAAAUGUAGAAAUAAAGGCAGAGUUAAAAUCAGUAGCUAAAUGUCCAAGUGAAGGCACAGAAGAUGAAGAUGAUGUGAUCCCAGACACCCAGACGCAAGAGCUGAAUGAGGCAGCUGAUACUGGUAACAAGUCUUCAGACAAAGACAAAGACAGUGUGGAGGUGAACACUGAAAUUGCCUCCCCUGCUGGAGAAUCUGAGGUUUUUGCUGCUUCUCAGGAUUCAAGUCAGGUUGAACCAAGGAGGUCGGGUAGACGCAGAAGUAGACCUGUCCUGCCAGGAGAAGAGUCAGAUCAGGAAUCAAAAAGCAAGCAGCAGAAAAAGGCUCCUGUUAGUGCAUCAACUUCAAAUGAUGCACAAAAGUCUACACCUGCCAAGAAAACAGACAUUUUGCCUACAAGAACCAGAAGAAGUAGAGUCCAUGAAGAGAACAUGAGUGAAAGUGGCAAAUUGCAGAAUAGUGAACAGAAGAAUGAACAGAAAGAUUCACAAGUGACAUGUGUGGCUACCACUACGAGUUCAUCACAAGGAAGGAGUAAAAGUAGGAGUAAAGAGGUUAACCAGACUGAGCCUUCUGUUGAAAAACAGUCUCCUUUAAGUCAAACAGAUGAUAAGAAGGAGUCUCCUCUUAAUCAGUCAGAUAGUCAGUCACAUAAUAGGCCUGUAAGGCGGACCAGAGUAAGCAAUGCUAAUGCAGAAGUGUCAGACAAAAGACAAAGUGGUGAGAACUCUCCGGGAGACUCUCCAGCUGGUGUGUCCAAACAAGUGGACAGCUCUGCGUCUGAUGCUGAUGGCCAGUCGCCUGGCAGGCCAAGAAGAUCAAGGAGGUCUGAAGCAGCUGAAGCACAAAACAAAGAUAAGCCUGGGCUGAGAAAUGAACAAGUGAGUGACCCAAGUAAUACUCAGACACAAACACCUGCAAAAGGCAAAGUAGGUAGGCGGAAGAGGGCUGAGGAAGAGAUGAGUAACAUCAGUAAAGACACUACUCCAUCAGGUUCAGUGAAUUCUGAAUGCUCACAGGGUAAUGAGAUCAGUGAGUUACAGGAUAAUUCUCAAGGGCGUGGCAAAUAUAGAACUCGUCGUUCAUCUCAAGCCUUGUUGGCAUCCGUUGAGAACUCAGAGUCUGAUGGGUCUGAUACCCGAGAUGGACAACGAUCUAAAAGGGCUAGAGGGCAUAAAUCAUCUGAAUUGAUGCCAAGCACAGUGAUUAAUGAAAAUGCUCCUGGGGAUAUGUUGGGCAAGGAAGAUGCGGAUAUCCCUUCGGUUCCAAUGGACGUGUCUAAGAAUGAGUCAGAGGCCUCUUUAGGUGUUAGCACACUGAAUGAGGUUCAAGACCUUCAGAAAGCUGAUGACAAAGAUGAGGCCCCUGUAGUUGAAGGCCCAGCAACUGAACAUUACAUUUCUGAAAUAAAAUCAGCUGAUGAUGAGCAACAAAGUGACAAAGACUCUAAGAUGCAAACAGAAUCUGAUCUGGACACUGUUAACACUGUUCUGGAAGAGAGGGCUGUUGAGAAAGAAACCCUUCCAUCUUCACAGAACAGCCUACAGCUACCGGCAAAAGUUGAGUUAAAGGCUCCGGAAUUGCGUACAUGUCCACAUACUAAAAGAGGUCGUGGGCGCAGACGCUCCACUAACUGUAACUGCCUCCAAGUUAGCAGCACACCUUCAAAAGAACAAUGCAGUAAUUCUCAAGAUGUACAGGAUCUAAAGGAAAACAAGGUUCUGCUUGAAUCCACCAGCCUGCCAGCUGAAGCUGAGUUGAACAGUAUUACAUCUGUCUCACCAGAAAAAGAGAGUGUAGCACUUCAAGACAAUUGCCCUGACAUUGCUAAUGUACAGUCUUCUCCAUCUUUACCCAGCUUGACAGAAGCAGAGGUACCUGCUGAAAGCCCAGUGGAGAAGCAUAAUGAAAGUGUUUCUCAGUCCUCUGAUGUGAGUGAAGCUACAGCCGAGGCAGAGGAACACCAGAAAGACAAUGUAGAUGACACAGAGGAUAAGCAUGAGGAAAAAGAACAGGAUAAAAUUUCUUCAGAAAACACAUUUAGCCAAGCGCAACCGCAGGAAGGUCCAAGUGCACCAGAUGCCUCUCCAAGCCAUAGCCAACCUGUGGAAGAUAAGCCAAUAUGCCAGGAACAUUCCAAAUCUCCUGUCAGUCAGGAGGAAAUAGUUCCAAGUGGAGAUAAAAUUGAGAUGCCAGAAAAGGAGGAACUUGUGCCUGAACUAGAUGGUGCAGUUACUGCACUUCCAGAGGGUACUGAAUUGGACAGGACCCCUCAUGAAGAGGGGGAUGAUGGUGAAUCAACACAGAUAGACAAAGAUCUUCAACCUGAGACAGCUCUACCUUGUGAAGCAUCUGUACCUCCACAAACUGCCUUAGCGGAAGCAUGCUUAGACUCCCCACCCAAACAGACGUCUUCAGAUUCUCUUUGUACUAACACAGAAGUGAGGCAGAGUCCCAGUAGCAGUGUAACACGUGGUGUAUGGUCACCAUCAGCUUCUCCAUCUACAAGCAUUCUGAAGAAAGGACAGAAGAGGCCGUGUGAAGAAGAUUCUCCUUCACCUCUCAUUAAGUCUCGCAGAGUGUCCUUCGCAAACCCGAUAUACCAGCAGGAAUUGGCUGAUGAUAUUGACCGCCGUAGUCCAGUAAUACGGACCAGCUCUCCAAAAUCAAAAGCUAUUGGACAGCCCAAGUAUAUUACAACACCUACAAAAGGCCUGUUGUCCCUCAGCCCUCGCAACCUUCGCAGUCCAGGUUACAAGAGUUCAAAGAAAUGCCUGAUCUCAGAAAUGAGUCAGGAGCCCCGGCCCAUUCCAAAGGAUUGUGUUUAUCCCGCGCUUGUCUGCUGUUCUACCCCUGUGGAGGCUGUUCUUCCCCAGAUAUCUUCCUCAAUGUGGCCUCGAGGAUUUGGUCAGCUUGUGCGUGCUAGGAAUAUUAAAACAGUUGGAGAUCUGAGUGCUCUAUCCCCAAACGAAAUCAAGUUGCUCCCUAUUCGCUCACCUAAGGUGUCAAAUCUGAAAAAAGCACUGAAAACCUAUCAUGAGCAGCAGCGCAAAGGACGGCCAGAUGACCUGAAAAGCUUUGAUGAAAUGGAGAAAAUGACCUCUGAACCCGAGGAGAUUACUGCAGCUCCAAAUCAAGAGGAGGACCAAAUGUGUGGAGAUGGACAAGAAGUCAUCUCUUCAGAAGUGCCAUCAACUGCAGAGCAGAAACAAGAAGAACCAGUGCCUGUGGAGCUGCUGUCAGAUGUUGCUGCUCUGGGAUCUCGUCUAACCCAUGAGGAACUCGGUCGCUGUUCGCCAAGAGAACUGGGUCUGAUGCAUGAACAACUCAGUGGGAUGAUGAGAAGUAUUGUGGAUCAUCUUCAGUCACGUUUAGUCAGCAACCUUGAGGACAGCUUGUCAUGAUGGGAACCAGCCUUCUCAUACUCUGCCUUCUACAUGGAACAUGCCUCAGUGACUGGUUUUUAACAUGGUUAUUAGCAGUGGACUACUUGGUUUUUAGUCAUCGUUUUAGCUGUGGGUCUUCUAACAUCCUAUUUUCCAGACUGAUGGGAAAGGUCUGAAAAUACAUGCUUGGAUAUUAAUAGCUUGUACCAUAUUCAUAUCUUCUGAGAGCAUUUAAUGGAUUGAUGGGUCUUGCUUAGAAUUUUAUUGACGCUUCUUAAAGAAAUCCGUGCAGACCAGAAUGCAGAUGGCACUUUUAGUAUUACAAUACUUUUUUUUUUGUUUAAAUAAAGGAAUGAAGAUGUAAGAGUGUUGUUUUUAACUGAGAAUUUACCAGCAGGAUUGAGGUCUUUGUGCAUUAUGUUUCUUGGUCCAGAAUUAUGGAACAUCAAUAAUUUGUAGGUCACAUGGUAAUCCUUGAUACAUCCAAGAUGAUCCUUCAUGGGUAAUCAAAGUCACACAUUUUAUAGUUCACAUUAGUCUUUAUUAUUAUUAUUAUUUUUGUUAUCAUUAAAGACUGCCAGUGAACACGGUGUAGAAUUUGAGUUUACAAAUUGUGUUCAUGCAGCCUGUGAUUUAAGGAAAUGAUCUUGUAAAUAUUCUUGAAAUUUGUAAAUCAACAAGGUUAAAAGUGUGUUAAAUUACAGUGGUAGUGUGACCAACUCUUGUUUUCAGUCACUGUCAGCCUUAUUUAGGAUAAUUAGCAUUUCAUUUCUAUUAUGUAGAGUUCUACAUUCAUAACAAACCAAAAUUCAUGCAGAGAUCGUAUUUCACUGACGAUGUCUUCUGUUAUCAGUACUUUAUUGCUAUUGCUAACUAGUCAUUUAAUCAUUUCAUACAUGGUCUCAACACAAGGACAGUUCAGGAAGUGGUGUUUUUGUUUUAAAGGGAUAUUUUAAAAGUGGAAAUGCAUGUGUCUGCAUGCAGUGUUGUUUAAUAAAACCAUCUAAAAACCUGGAUAUAUUUAAAUAA